CAACCACAGCCCACGCUCGCUGAGCCGACUCCAGAGACCAUGAAGCUGCCACUGCCACUGUUGCUGCUGUUGGGUGCCUGGGCUAUCCCAGGGACCCUUGGAUCCAGUGCCUCACUUUCAGCUACUGCCCCACAGUUAGAUGAGGAGGAGAAGUACUCAGCCCACAUGCCUGUUCACAUGCAGUGUGAUGCCUGUAGGGCUGUGGCCUACCAGAUGUGGCAACAUUUGGCAAAAGCAGAGGCCAAGCUUCAUAUUCCAGACUCCAGGGGGCGGCUGGAGCUGACUGAGUCGGUUUACAUGGACGUCCUGGACCAGAGUUGCUCCCAGAGCUGGCAAGACUAUGGGGUCCGAGAAGUGAACCAGGUGAAACGUCUCAUGGGCCCAGGACUUGGCAAGGAGCCUCAACCGAGAAUCAGAGUGGUGGUAACCGGGGGGCCCUGGCCCAGCAGGCUCUCCAAAACAUGCCUGUACUACCUGGGAGAGUUUGGAGAAGACCUAAUCUACGAAACACACCAACAAGGCCAAGAGGCUCUGGAGGCACUGCUGUGUGAAGGUCCUCAUGGGGUCUGCAUCGAGGAGGCACCAGUCUCAAGAGAAGAGCUCUAGUCCAUGAUUCUUCCUGCCCCUAAGGAGAACCUGAAGCCUCUCCAAGAUCUUUCUUAUACGUACCUAUCAGCACUGGGAAACCAUUCCCCCACCCCACCUGAGAACAGGAGGUCUGACUCAGUGCAGUUACUCUCCUCCCUGCUCACCCCAGGGCACUAGGUCUGACAGGGGACAAGGCCUGCAGCCUCUAGAUUCAAAUAAAACCCAGUGGCCUUGAAA